AUGGCCGCUCUCACGAAUGCACUCCAAGCCCUCGGCGCCAGGGCAAAGCAGACUGUCAUGCGCCAACCGAACGCCGUUAAAGCGCUCCACAACGCGGUGCGCGACGCCGUGGAACACCACGCCUCAGAACUCAUAAAACCAGGACCUCAAAUCGACGCACUCCUAACUGCGAUGAGCGCCGUCGACGCGGCGGCACUCAGUAUAGACGACGUACAAAGGCCAGGCGCAUGCACCUACCUAGGUAUCGUGGAACACGCCGACUACGCUAUUGCUGCGUUCGUCCUCGCGCCGCAUGCGAAGAUCCCGCUCCACGACCACCCGAAUAUGACGGUGCUCUCGAGCGUAAUCAGUGGUUCGAUGCGCGUGACGUCGUUUGACGUGGGUGCCGACGGGAAGGCAAGACGCUCAGAAAGCGUGCUCUCGAGUGACGACGGGCCGGCAGCGUUAUUUCCCUCUGUCAAUAAUGUGCACGAGUUCCGGGCGGGCGACGGCGGCGCGGUCGUAUUGGACGUCAUCGUGCCGCCCUACGACGAGGAUGCGGGGCGGGCCUGCCACUACUUCGAGGCCGUGGCCUGCAAUGGCGGCGUCUUCAGGUUGAGGGAGGUCCCGGAGCCCGCCGACUUCGAGUGCCUCGGCGCCGUUUAUCAAGGGCUCCGGCCCUGA